AUGAGAGGUUUGACCCUUAUUACGCUAACUUUAGCGAACAUUGUUUUGGCUCUAGAUGUCACAGGGAAGAGCAAAACAAUCACAACCUCGACAAACUACAAUGAAAAAGUCACUAUUGAUAAAGGUGUUUAUUUAGGCCUCGUGGGAGGUAAUUAUCACAAUUUUUUUUCAGAUCUUACUGUCCAUGGUGGUCUCUAUGUGAGUACCGAUGACUCUACGGUAGGAAAAAACAACCAGUUGAAAGGAAGCUUUAAAAAUGAUUUUAAUACCGUCAUAGACUUGGAAGACGAUACCAGGUCAAAUGCAUUUUUAUGGGAAGGUAGUUCAUUCCAGAACAUGGGAAACAUGAGUAUGAGAGGCACACCAUAUGCUUCUAGUAAGUCCCAGAGUUUGAAAUUUUCUUCGUUCAGUAAUUCUGGAUUCCUACAAUUUUUUGAUACCGGCUAUCUGCAGUUUGGUAAAGAAGAUGGUACUAUAAGAAAUACCGGUACCAUAGCCGGCCAAUCCGAUCAAUCAAAUCACAUGUAUCUUAUACCGCAGACUAGUAUGGUAGGUAACGGGUGUCUCUGGGUGGGUAGUUACUGUAUUUUUUAUAUCGAAGAUUUGGAUAACAUAACAGUGGAGGACCAGACCAUCGUUUUGUCAUCAGAUCCUAAUGCCAUAGUAUUAGGAGGUUCUACAGACCCUUUUAGUAAGAAUCCCCCAGUUACUUCGUUAAAAAUCAGAAACUUUAAUAGUAAGACCUCAAUUUGGUUCCACGAUAGUAAUCCAAAAAUUACAUCAUUUUCCAAUGGAAUAUUAACCGUAGCAACCGUAGGUCGUACAUAUAAAUUAGAUGUUGGAUCUGGAUAUUCAAGUGAUCAAUUUACCAUGACCUACACUCAGGUUACUACCCAACUGUGGCAGAACGGCAGACCAUUCAGUGGUGGUGUCUUACGUACUAAAGCAGAGAAGAGAACACUAUCAGGGUAUCCUGGAUGUAUUCCUCCUCAACCGAUUCCUGACUUUAAAAGUUUCCAAAGACUUCCAAUCGGUAAGAAAAACUGUCAUUCAAGUGCUAAAUCUUCAAUUACCUCCUCUACUAAAGCGUCCAGUCACACUAUGAGCACUUCUUUGAGUAGUAGCGUACAACAAUCUAGCAGUACGUCUGUAGGUCACUCCUCGGGUACGAGUAGACAAGAGGUGAGCUCCUCUCUAUUUUCUUCGAGCACGGCCGGCCAACCUGCAACUGAUCAUUUUAGUAUUUCCACGAGUGAAUCUUCCACUGGCAUUGUUGGCCAGUCCUCAAGCGCUGCUGCCACUGAAACUUCCACUAGCGUAUUCACUCCAUCAUCAAGCAUUGUUGCCACUGAAUCUUCCACUAGCUCUGUUGGCCAGUCCUCAAGCGCUGUUGCCACUGACGCUUCUACUAGCGCAUUCAACCCAUCAUCAAGCACUGUUUCCACUGAAACUUCUUCUAGCGUAUUCACUCCAUCAUCAAGCAUUGUUGCCACUGAAGCAUCUUCUAGCGUAUUCACUCCAUCUUCAAGCAUUGUUGCCACUGAAUCUUCUACUAGCUCUGUUAGCCAGUCCUCAAGCGCUGUUGCCACUGAAGCUUCCACUAGCUCUGUUAGCCAGUCCUCAAGCACUGUUUCCACUGACGCUUCUUCUAGCGCAUACAACCCAUCAUCAAGCACUGGUGCCACUGAAUCUUCUACUAGCUCUGUUAGCCAGUCCUCAAGCACUGUUGCAACUGAAGCUUCCACUAGCUCUGUUAGCCAGUCCUCAAGCACUG